AUGACGUCACCGGAGCGGCCGUCAGCUGGACAUCCAGCGGUCUGUAUUCCGUUGCUGUGGCUCCACCUGCUCACCUGUGAAGGUGUGAAGGUCCUCACGUCUUCAUCUCGUCUCCCUGCAGCGGAAGAGGGCGGCGCUCGGCCCUCCGGCUCGGCGGGCGUUGAGCCAGACGGCCGGCUCCUCUCCGUGGCUCGUGACACGAGUCCCCGUGUGAUGAAGGACGGCAGCGUGACGAUGACGAGGAGAUACCAACGACCUGAACCAAUAGGACCUGGACCAAUAGGACCUGGACCAAAAGGACCUGGACCAAAAGGACCUGGACCAAUAGGACCUGGACCAAAAGGACCUGGACCAAAAGGACCUGGACCAAAAGGACCUGGACCCAAAGGACCUGGACCAAAAGGACCUGGACCAAUAGGACCUGGACCCAAAGGACCUGGACCAAAAGGACCUGGACCAAUAGGACCUGGGCCAAAAGGACCUGAACCAAAAGGACCUGGACCAAAAGGACCUGGGCCAAAAGGAUCUGGACCAAAAGGACCUGGACCAAAAGGACCUGGGCCAAAAGGACCUGGGCCAAAAGGAUCUGGACCAAAAGGACCUGGACCAAAAGGACCUGGGCCAAAAGGACCUGGACCAAUAGGACCUGGACCCAAAGGACCUGGACCAAAAGGACCCGGGCCAAAAGGACCUGGACCAAAAGGACCUGGACCAAUAGGACCUGGACCAAAAGGACCUGGACCAAAAUGA